GCAGCGGUGGGCGUCGCGCGCUGAUCAGACCUGAUUAAUGUCACCUGUGGGUGUGACGUCAGCGGCUCGUGAGCAGCGGACCGUACUGACCGAGUUUACCGUGAGUGUGAGCAGAGACACGGCGGCGGGAUGCACAAAGGCCUCAAGAAGUACUUCGUCAACAUGGACGAGUUCCUGAGCAGCCUCGGCCUCUACCGGAAGAUGGUGGCGCGCGACGCGUCCAGCCUGUUCCGAGCCGUGUCGGAGCAGUUGUAUUACUCUCAGAACUACCAUCAGAGGAUCCGUCAGGACUGCGCCAACUUCAUGAGAGCCAACAGAUGCAACUUUGAACCAUUCGUUGAAGGUUCGUUUGAGAAAUAUCUGGAACGUCUGGAGGACCCCAAGGAGACGGUGGGCCAGGUGGAGAUCAAGGCUCUGUCUCAGCUGUACAGGCGUUGUUUCCUGAUCUAUCGUUACCCAGGGAAACCAGCCACAGUGAUCUCAGAGGAUGACUUUGUCGACAAGGUGACGCUGUGUUGCUCUAUCAAUGGUCACUAUGACAUUGUUUACCCGAGGAGUUACCCGGCCUCUGCUGCCCUCUGUCAGUCUCUUUUCUAUGAGCUGCUCUACACUCAUGUGUUUGGGUUUGAGGAGGCGGAGCUUUGUCAGGCCAUGGAAGCCUUCAGGGUCGGAGGUCGUCGCUAUAGAAACAGCCUCUCAGUGUGUAGCGAUGUUGACCUGGGCUACGACACACCUGAGGACCCAUGUCACAGGGAGGAGUCAGAGCCGAGUGGAGCUGCUGAGGAGAAACGAGCUGUGGUCGACGACGUCAAGCCUCCUGCAGAAGCCCCUCCCCCCUCCAGACUGUCUCUUCCUUUUAAGGUGAUGAAGUCUCUGGACGGAGACGUGUACAGAAACCUGGAGUUUGAUGUGUGGCAGGACACCUGUAAAGAGAUGCAGAAGACAGACUACAUGGUGUUCGCAGGACGGCAGUAUUUCCUGGGAGACAAGUGUCAGGUGCGUCUGGAGCCGAAGGGGAAGUAUUACAACGCCUUCAUCCAGGAAGUAGGAACACACUCAUCAGCCGUCACCGUCUUCAUCGAGGAGCUGGGAGAGAAACACCUGGUUCCUCUGACUGAUCUGAAACCAGUCAAUCCAGUUCCUGCCUGGAACGUUGCUGCUCCCACGAGAAAAGGAGACAUGGACUCCGACUCUCGUGGUCAGCGACAUCACCGUCAUCGUUACUUCAGGAAGUCUCGCGGCAGCAGCGGAGUGAAGGGGGGGGAGCUGUUAAUGUCACCACCAUCGACUUACGGAGGCCCCGCCCCCUCUGCUCUGCCUCCCCGCUUCCAGCCAGCAGGCCAUCCCCGUCCGCCACCUCCCCCGUCACCAGGAGCCAUGACCUAUGACGCCUACGUCCCUCCGCACCAUCACCAUUCCAUAACCAGACCUUCUCGCUACGGAGCCUCCAGAAGCUCCAGCCGUUUCCUGAACCGACACCUGAUUGGUCCACAGUUGACCUAUUACCACCCUGGCAGACGAUAUUACCACGACUACGAGAACUACGCCUUCAGGUCACGUCGCAGUCGUCGUCAGCUGGCAGCCGCUCUGAAUAAAGAGUGUCAGUUUGGUUUCUCUGCGGACACGGUGGAGGAGCCGACUGAUCUGGAUACAGCCAUCACGUACUACCAGCUGGACGACACCGGAGACGCCGUCUUCCCCCCGCUGCCGGGCCCAGCUGUGGCACCGCCUCCCUCUAUAACAGUCCCGCCUCCUCCGGCUGGCCCCUCCUACAGAGUCCAGAGAGGUUCAGGGCCCCUCCCCUCUGCACCUCCACCUGGAAACACCCCUGUGUGUUCAUCAGAGGAGGACCAGGAGGACGCCAGCACUUUGGAGGACCAGGCUGAGUACACAGAGGAGUACAUCUACAUGACUCAGGAUCAAAGCUACCAGACGUCAGACAUUUACACCGCUGCUGAGCCCUCCGCCAACCAGGACGAGCAGGAAGGAGAAACCGCCGACUCUCCUCCGAGACCAGAGAUGAACUACAACUACACGCAGCAGGUGGUGAAGCCAUUAGCAGUCAUCUGCUCUUCACCCUCCUCUUCGUCCUCCUCACCCUCCUCUCCAUCAUCACGUGUUACUGCAGCUGCUCACCUGCCGACAACCGCACAUACACAGACACGUUCAGUUGCUAUGGCGAUCCCAGCCGCCUCUCCCUGGUUGAUGAAUGAGUUGGGGGAGCCUCUCUGCACCAUGGUAACUCCACCCCCUUACUCCUAUGACCCUAACGGCAGUGAUUUACCCCGAGACUGCAGAGUCCUCCAGUAUUACUUCAACUUAGGAGUCCAGUGGUACCAUCAGAGCUGUUGGCAGCAGCAGCAGCAGGUGUACCCCGCCACCUCACCCGAGGCCUCCUACCCUUACCAGCACUACACUCCCUACCUGAGCCAGGAGCCCCCCCUGCAUGGAGCUCCACCUUCAUACUCUGAGACAAGUCGAGGCCCCCAUCAGCCCCCCCCUUCUUACCCAGAAUCCACCAGGCCAGGAGAUGGACAGACAGACGGACACAGCAGUGGCCCCGCCCCCUCCAUGGAUACACCCUCCUCCUCCAUCAGUCCUGCCCCUCCAGGCUCCACCCCUUCCUCUGCUCACUUGUACCCGGAUCCAACGCCACUCCCCCCUCCCCCGCUGCUGCACCUGCCAUAUGAAGCUCCGCCCCCUGCCACCUACCUGUCCUCCGCUCCUCCCCCUCCUCUUCCUCACUCAGCUCAUCCUCACUCUGCCCACCUGACCCAUCACUCCUCCUACCACGCCUGCCUCCCUCCCUCCGCCCACUGGGGGCAGUUACAGACUGGAGGCCACACCACGCGAGUCUACUGCCCCGCUCCAGGCCCCGCCCAUGUGGUGGGUUACAUCACAGCCCCGCCCCCCCACCACGCGGCCCCACACUUCAUCCCCCCCACCAUCUAACACGCCUCACCUCAUUAGCUUGUGGCUAACAGUUCCCUUUGUGUUCAAUGAGCAGUGCUAACAAUGCUAACAGUUCCCAGCUGUCACAACGUCAAAUUUUUGUGUUUGUUGAAGUCGUUCACAGCCAGCCAAUCAGAGAGAAGGGGCGUGGUCAGUCCCCAUUUAUUGAUGAGGGGAUAUAUUUGUGUUGACGUUAUGUUCAAACUGGUAGUUUGUUUUUGUUCCUGGGUAAAUAAAGAUUGUCUUUCACCAGCAGACCAGAGGAUGGUGGUGAUGAUGAUGAUGAUGAUGGUGGUGGUGAUGGUGGUGGUGGUCACAUGACCUUCAGUCUGAUUUCAUGUUUUCUGGUUAAACUGGGGUCUGGACUGAACAAUGACUCUUCAGGUAAGAGCAAACGUGUGUGUGUGUGUGUGUGUGUGUGUGUGUGUGUUUGAUUUUGGGUUGAACUGUCUCUUUAAGAGUGUCUCUGUGUCUGUAGCGAUGACAUCAGCAGUCAAUGAUGACAUCAGUAGUCGUGCACCAAUAUCACCGUGGAAACCAGAAACAACACAGCAACACAAAACCUGGGCCCUAUGUCAGAGAGCAGGAUCAGUGAAACUCUGAGUUUUCCGUUUCACAAAGCCAGCUCAGUGUAACCCUGAGUCAGUUACUAUGGCAACAUACUCCAUGAAGCUAACCUGCUGAGUCACAGGUUUGCUUCAUGUCAGCCUGAGGCUGAGCGUGUAGCAGGAAGUAGAAACAUGGCGUGUCCUUUAGUGAAUGAAGUGGUGGAGGUUGAGGCCCAGUGUAUUCAGAGGCUGUUGUGUAAGGAGAAGGUGAUUAGAGCCUGUUUGGAUGUCUCCCUGGAGGAGUGUCUAUAUGAAAGAUACUGUUUGACCUCACACUCUGUCAUUUAUCUAACAAUCUGUUCCACCCACAUAUAUCACAUAUUACACAUCCUGGAUUUACAUUAUCAUCACAGCACAUUUUAUGCAUUGUCCUUUGAUUCUUUUCUUUAUAACAUCAGAGACACUGAACACAUCAGAGAGACAGCGGUUUGUCGGCCCGUAAGAAAAGUGUCUCUGGCUCUGAAAAGACUUUGGACCCUUGUUGUGGUUUUCCCUGGACAUAAAUCACAAUCCAUUAUUGAAGUAAUUACCACGGAGCAUCGGUGGCUCAGUGGAUGGAGCGGACGCCCCGUGAUCAGACGCAGUGGUCGCGGGUUCAAACCCAGCCUGCAGCCUUUGUGUUUGAUGUUGAGUUUGUGCCCAGUGUGUUUGGGCUCCAUCACAUUACAGCUGAAUAAAUUAUAUUCAAAUAUAUGAACACUGUUAAGAUGGAAACAUGUUUCUGUGUGUUAGACACAUGACCUCAUCACAUGACAUCACAUCACUUCACAUAUGAACACGCUCUGCAGGCUGUUCCCAUCACACCUCACUCUGUUCAGCUGAUGGAGCACAUUGAUUUUUCAUGUCUUCAAAUCUCUGAUUCAGUUUUGGAUGAAAUCAGUGGCUCUGCUUUUAACUCCACUUCCUGUCUCUGGGAAUCACGUUAUCUGCACUCUACUGAUGAUGUCUGUUGGUGCUCACUGUGAACGCACCUCUCUCAGGCUGAACAGACUCAGAGCUGAUUGAACUGAUUCUGAUCAGCUGCUCUGUUUCUCAACUCAGGCUCAGUCAGCUCAGAGAUCAGGAUCAGAGUUUGCUGAGCCUGCUUUCUGAAAUAGGGCCCUGAAGUACAGAGGCUGUAACAAAUGUCACCACAGUCACAUGACUUAAUGUCACCACAGUCACAUGACUUAACAUCACCACGGUCACAUGACUUACCGUCACCACGGUCACAUGAUUUAAUGUCACCACAGUCACAUGACUUAAUGUCACCACAGUCACAUGACUUAACAUCACCACGGUCACAUGAUUUAAUGUCACCACAGUCACAUGACUUAAUGUCACCAGUCACAUGACUUAAUGUCACCACGGUCACAUGACUUAAUGUCACCAGUCACAUGACUUAAUGUCACCACGGUCACAUGACUUAAUGUCACCACAGUCACAUGACUUAAUGUCACCACAGUCACAUGACUUAACAUCACCACGGUCACAUGACUUAAUGUCACCAGUCACAUGACUUAAUGUCACCACAGUCACAUGACUUAAUGUCACCAGUCACAUGACUUAACGUCACCACAGUCACCUGACUUAAUGUCACCAGUCACAUGACUUAAUGUCACCACAGUCACAUGACUUAAUGUCACCACAGUCACAUGACUUAAUGUCACCACAGUCACAUGACUUAACAUCACCACAGUCACAUGACUUAACAUCACCACGGUCACAUGAUUUAAUGUCACCACAGUCACAUGACUUAAUGUCACCACAGUCACAUGACUUAAUGUCACCAGUCACAUGACUUAAUGUCACCACGGUCACAUGACUUAAUGUCACCACAGUCACAUGACUUAAUGUCACCAGUCACAUGACUUAAUGUCACCACAGUCACAUGACUUAAUGUCACCAGUCACAUGACUUAAUGUCACCACGGUCACAUGACUUAAUGUCACCACAGUCACAUGACUUAAUGUCACCACAGUCACAUGACUUAACAUCACCACGGUCACAUGACUUACCGUCACCACGGUCACAUGAUUUAAUGUCACCAGUCACAUGACUUAAUGUCACCACAGUCACAUGACUUAAUGUCACCACAGUCACAUGAUUUAAUGUCACCAGUCACAUGACUUAACGUCACCACAGUCACAUGACUUAAUGUCACCGCAGUCACAUGACUUAAUGUCACCACAGUCACAUGACUUAAUGUCACUGCAGUCACAUGAUUUAAUGUCACCAGUCACAUGACUUAAUGUCACCACGGUCACAUGACUUAAUGUCACCACAGUCACAUGACUUAAUGUCACUGCAGUCACAUGAUUUAA